GGUGUUUUCUACUCGGACUCAAAUAAGCGCAACAUCCACGGUUUCCUAGCAACCAACGCUAUCCGGAUACAAUGGCAAAGUUUGUGCUGGCUGGCAAAAUAGACUGCCCUCAUUACGCCAAGGCGGAACUCUUGGCAGACGCUUUGCAGCGAUCGCUCCCUAACUUCAGGGUCUAUAAGAUCUCCAUCCUCCCAGAUGAAUGGAAGGAAUGGCUGGACACCACCUGCAAAAGAAAUGGCUGGAAACACGAGAAAUCCCCUUUGGUCUGGAGGGAACUGGUGGAACGAGGAGGCAAAGCGAUGCUCUUAGGGGGUUUCAGUGACUUCCUAGAGCAUUGUCAGGACUACUACAGUACCACAUUAGACAUGCCUACAGAUAUAAUGCUGAGUGUUGCAGUAGAGAAUCUGGAGGCCAAGAUGAACCAUAUUGUGGAGGAGCAGCACCGUGUCAGUCUCAUCAAACCCCUUCAUAUAUGGAUCAGCAGUGCUCUCAGUCCAACCUCCCACUUCCUCAUCCCCAAUCUUCUCUCUGCCGAGGUGUUCCCCCACAUUUCUGCAAUCAGCCUCCAUCUACUACACCUGGAGGGAGACAAGGAGGAACUGCAAGGGCUGAAGAUGGAGAUAAAGGACCUGGCACACCCCCUGCUCCAUCAGACAUCUGACACUAUAAAAUCACAGGUGACCAUUCAUACAGAUCAGGAGGAAGCCUUCAGAGAAGCAGAUGUCAUCCUCCUGCUGGAUGAGCAGUGGUCAGAGAAUGAGAGUGAGGAGGAAAAGAGGAAGAAAGUAAAGGAAACAUCCAAGCAUUAUGGACAACUGAUUGAUGCAAGGGCCAACAAGGAGGUGAAGGUGAUUGUGUCUGGUGACUCAUUUGUCAACUUGAGGUGCUCACUUCUUGUGGAGAGUGCACCCUCCAUUGACUGGCGCCAGUUUGUCACCAUAGCAACUCAGCUGGAAAAUGAAGCCAGGGCCAUAAUUGCAAAGAAGCUGAAAGUGAGGACAUCAGAUAUUACAGAUGUCAUUGUGUGGGGAAAUAUCAGUGGUAGUUUCUACAUUGACCUGCAGAUGGCGAAGGUUUUCAACUAUGACGGAGCAAUCAAAGGGCCAUCAUUCUUUUCCCAGUCACUCUUAAAGAUUUUCCAUGACAGAAACUGGUUGAAAACAGACUUCCAAGACCUGGUGUGUUGUCAGCGAGCAGCUGUGACUUCAAAGACCUGCCGGGCAGCAGCCAUGUCUGCCACCAAUGGGAUCCUCACCAUCCUAAAGGCUUGGAAUGGCAUCUGUAAUCCACAUGAGGUCUUCUCUCUGGGUGUCCUUUGCCCAGGCUACUACAGUCUCCCAGAUGGCAUCGUCCUCUCAAUUCCAGUAACCUUCGCAGGUGGUAAAUGGUCUGCGCUAUUUGAUGCAACAGUUGGAGAUGAGCUGAAGGAGAAACUCCAGCUUUCUGCAAGUGAACUCAGGAAAAAGAACAUAUCAGAAAAUGGCACAAUUGUCAGGAAUAAAGAAGACAGAUAAAAAAAAAAAGACUGCAGAAUUAAAUGAAUUCAAAAUAAUUAAGUGAAUAAUUGAUAAAUUUCAGUGCCACAUUUUUUUCUUGUUUCAGUUUGUUCUUUUAUUCUCUUACUGAUAUGUGGAGUUGCAGUUUUAUUUUAACAGGUUCAUGACAAAUUGCCGUUUUGUGAAACUUCAUAGCUGUUAUAUUUUUAGAUGUAAAAGAUCAAACUGAGUACUUUAUGGAAAAAGGAGAAAUUAGAAAAUAUAUUCUUUUUUUUUUUAAUUGUACAGUUCAGUAAGUGUCAUUUUUAUAUAAUUCAAGAAGCUAUUUUUAAGCAUAAAACACACUACUACCAUAUACAAACUAGUUUGUUAAUAUCCUUCUCCAAGUCCGAUGUUACCACUUGACACACGCUUACAUUUACAGCUGAGGACACAUCAAAACUUAAUCACCUCAUUCGUAAUUAUAUACCAAACAAACUGAAUUUCAUGGGCUCUUUAAACCUGAAACAUUCAAAUCAACCUUGUGCCCUCACAAAUUGUGCACUACUUUGUCAGAUGACAAGGAGAACUUGAACAGAAUGCUGUUUUUACAUGCAGAAUAUACACACUUUUUAAGCAUUUCUACACUAUACACAAGGAGGCAUUGACCGAAAAAAGUAAAGGUUAGUACAAAUGUAGCGCACUACGACAAGUCAGGGAAUGGUCUCAUAUUCUUUGAUGUUAUAUUCAAUUUGCACAACCCACCCCUGAGAUUUAGACGCUGAGUGGCUUCUUAAAAAAAAAA